GAGGAUUGCUUGAACCCAGGAGUUGAAAGCUGUAGUGAGCUAUGAUAGCACGGCUGUACUCCAGCCUAGGUGACAGAGCAAGACCUUGUCUCUAAAACAAACAAACAAACAAAAACUGUAGAUUUUGUAGCAUAUUAGAAACAGCUGAAAAGUGGGUUAUUAAUAAAAAGGUGAAGAAAUAAACCCAAGUUAAAUAUGGACAGACAAGAAAAAUAUGAAAGUGGGACAGAGACAGUGAGGAUAAAGCGAGAUGGUCUAACACCUAUGUUAUAUUCUAGGAGUUCAUUAUUCUAUAAAUAUAUAUUUUUAGCAAAUACUGUAUCAGACACUUUGCAAAGUGCUGGAGAAGAGUAAGACAAGAGGGUUUCCUGUUUCCUGAGUGGAUUCUGGAAUAACACUGGGCCAUCCAGUUGAGGCAGACUGCCUUCAGGCUGGGCGUGGUUGCUCAUGCCUGCAAUCCCAGCACUUUGGGAGGCCAAGGGGGGAAGAUCGUUUGAGUCCAGAAGUUGGAGACCAGACUGGGCAGCAUAGAGAGACCCCCUCUCUGCAAAAAAAUUGAAAAAAAGUCCCAGGAGACUGAGGUGGGAGGAAUGCUUGAACUCAGGGCUUCGAGGUUGCAGUGAGCUGUGAUCUCACCACUGCGCUCCAUCCUAGCACAGAGAACGAGACUUCUCUCUCAAAAAACAAAAACAAAAACAGACAAAAAACCCCCACAAAAAACAGCUCUGAUGCUGGUUCCUCCAGGAAGCCUUCCCUGACUACACACACACACACACACACACACACACACGCACACUACUCGGGGUCAGGCACCUCUUAUGUGAGCCCAUAAGACCCAGUGCACCCUCUAUCUCCUCUGCCCCUAUGGCCAGCGUGAAAGGGACCAGGACAGCAGGGACCAGGGCUGCAAAACAACUCCUGAACUAACUUAGGCAAACAAUUCCAGGAAUCUAGAAAGCAGAACAGACCGGGUGAGCAGACCAGGAAAACAAGCCCUACCCCUACCCUACCCCUACCCUGCAAGCCCCUGAUAAACGUCAUCAGUGUUUCAAAAUGUAACCGAAAUACCAGAAAUGGCGGGAACCGAUCAUAAUCAGCCAAAUCACCUUGUUCAAAUGUCAGCCAAUCCUAAGUCUGAUAUGUACAAAAUCCCCUAUGACUCUGUACCUGUUUACCCCUGACCAUAAAAAUGCUGUCUGGAGCCCAGUUAAGGAACUUUCCCACUCGUCUCAUGACUAGUGAGGAAGUUCCAGGUUCGAACCUGUAAUAAAGAUCUUUGCCGCUUGGCUUUGACUCCGGACUCUGGUGGUCUUCUCUGGGGAAUAAGCGGUCUGGGCAUAACAUCUGGGGGCUCGUCCGGGAUUUCCCCCAAGCCCACCACACCCCAUGUCAAGGGAUCCUGAUCUGUAAGUAAGCCGGCUCUGUCUCUGUCUAGUUCCCUGAAAAUCUCGCGAGAUCUGUAGUCUGUAUUGCAGGUGGCACAGUCUUGGCGGACACGCUAAAAGACAGCCACCGGGGACUGGCGGGAGACGUCCCCCGGUGCCCAUCUGGGGGCCUCCACAUGUGGUUGUCCCGUCUGACUCUGGUUGGAAAUUAAGUCUGACACGCGCUUGCGAAUGUUUGCUGUUCAUCAUUGUUUGUCUGUCGUUGUUAAGUGUUAAGUCUAAACCUCUUCUUCCUUCCCAGGACUUGCCUGAUAUUUACCUCCACUGAACACUUAUUUUUGUUCCCCCCUUCUCCCUGUAGGAACAGCCUGAGAAUGGGCGGCACCCAGAGCACGCCGCUCUCCCUCUUUGUUAAUAACUUCAAAGAUGUUAAGGCUCGGGGACAUGACCUAAGUGUAGAACUCAAAAAAGGAAAGCUAGUUACCUUCUGCCGCUCGGAGUGGCCCACCUUUGGCGUAGGAUGGCCCUCUGAAGGAACUUUCUGUCUCUCUAUAAUUACUAAGACAGUGUCAUGUUUACUCACCAGCCGACUUGGGACGACUGCCAACAACUCCUCUGAAUCCUGUUUACCACGGAGGAGCGGGAAAGAAUCCAGGUUGAGGCCAGAAAGCUGGUUCCAGGAGAUGACGGCCAGCCUACUGCAAAUCCUGAUCUCAUCAAUGAGGCUUUUCCCUUGACCCGACCCAGAUGGGAUUAUAAUACGACAGAAGGUAGGGGACGACUGCUCAUUUAUCGCCAGACUCUAAUGGCAGGUCUCCGGGCAGCAGCUCGCAAGCCCACCAAUUUAGCUAAAGUAUAUUCUGUGCUACAAAGUAAGACAGAAAGCCCUGCUGUUUAUUUAGAAAGACUAAUGGAGGCUUUCAGGCAGUUUACCCCUAUGAACCCAGAAGCACCAGAAAAUCAGGCAGCCGUAGUAAUGUCCUUUGUAAACCAGGCAGCACCAGAUAUUAAAAGGAAACUCCAGAAAUUAGAAAGUUUAGAGGGAAAGCAGAUUCAGGACCUCCUUCAGAUAGCCCAGCGAGUUUAUAAUAAUAGAGAUACUCCAGAAGAAAAGCAAUUUAGGGCAACUAAAGAAAUGACCAAAGUUUUAGUAGCUGCCUUCCCCCAGGCAGGGAACGCCCAAGGUAGGAAGCAAGCCACGCAAGGCUCCAAACAAAGAUUAGAAAAAGAUCAAUGUGCUUAUUGUAAGGAGCGCGGUCACUGGAUUAGAGACUGCCCAAAGAAAAGGAAACCAGCCAACUCAACCUCCAUCCUCGUUACCCAGGACUCUGAUUAGGGAGGACGGGGUUCGGAGCCCCUCCCUGAACCCAGGGUAACUUUGCAAGUGGAGGGGUCCCCAGUUCACUUCCUGGUUGAUACUGGGGCGGAACGCUCAGUCCUAACCAGACGGAUCGGAAAAAUGUCUAAGAAUACAUCUUGGGUGCAUGGAGCCACAGGCAUCAAAAAAUACCCCUGGACAACUCAGAGGACUGUGGACUUAGGAACAGGAAAAGUAUCCCACUCCUUCUUAGUCAUCCCAGAGAGCCCUUGCCCUCUAUUAGGAAGAGACUUGUUAACAAAAAUGGGGGCCCAAAACCACUUUGAGCCGGGGGGCCCCAGGUGACUGAUUCCCAGAACCGACCGAUAUCCAUCCUGACUGUCACCUUAGAAGAUGAAUACAGACUCCAUCAGGAGCAGAAGUCUCCUGAUCAGGGAAUUCACUCUUGGCUCCAGCGUUUCCCUGAAGCAUGGGCAGAAACUGGGGGCUUAGGAUUAGCAAAACAUCGGCCAGCUAUAUUUGUAGAAAUUAAACCAGGAAUAGACCCGGUCCAGGUACGGCAAUAUCCCAUGCCCCUAGAGGCCAAAAAAGGAAUUACACCCCAUAUCCGCCGGCUCUUAGACCAGGGGGUCCUACGGGCUUGCCACUCAUCCUGGAAUACUCCGCUGUUACCUGUCCGUAAACCCAACAGCACGGAUUAAGGCCAGUGCAGGAUCUAAGAGAAGUUAACAGAAGGGUCAUGGAUAUACACCCCACUGUGCCUAAUCCAUACACCCUCCUGAGCGCCUUGCAUCCAGAAAAACAGUGGUACACCGUCCUUGAUUUAAAAGAUGCUUUCUUCAGCCUACCUCUGGCCCCCAAAAGUCAAGAACUCUUUGCAUUUGAAUGGACGGAUCCUGAGAGGGGCAUCAACGGUCAGCUGACAUGGACCAGGCUGCCACAAGGGUUCAAGAACUCGCCAACCCUGUUCGAUGAAGCCCUUCAUGAAGAUCUGGGUGAGUACCGGCGGCAACACCCUGAAAUAACUCUUUUGCAGUAUGUUGAUGAUCUCUUAAUAGCGGCCAGGUCCCCGGAAACUUGUGUUCAAGGGACUGAGGACCUCUUGAAGACUCUGGGGGAGCUAGGCUACCAAGCCUCAGCAACAAAGGCUCAGAUCUGCAAGUCGGAGGUAACCUAUCUGGGGUACCUAUUAAAAGGGGGGCAACGCUGGUUAACCAGAGCCCGGAAAGAGACAGUCCUACGCAUCUCUAGACCCCCAUCGGCACGACAAGUAAGAGAAUUCUUGGGGUCGGCGGGGUUCUGUAGGUUAUGGAUACCCAGGUUUGCAGAGUUAGCCAAGCCCCUAUACCAGGCAACAAAAGAACAGCAGCCCUUCAAUUGGACGGAAGAGGCUGAGCUGGCCUUCCAGCAGAUAAAAACUGCUCUGUUAUCAGCCCCUGCGCUAGGACUCCCUGAUGUUUCCAGGCCCUUCCACCUAUACGUAGAUGAAAGUAAGGGCGUUGCAAAAGCUGUGUUAACUCAGUAUCUAGGCCCCUGGCAGAGACCAGUCGCCUACCUGUCAAAGAAGUUGGAUCCGGUGGCUGCUGGCUGGCCACCCUGUCUCUGGAUAAUCGCGGCAACCACCCUAAUGGUUCAAGACGCUGACAAACUUACCAUGGGGCAAGAGUUGCGCGUUACAACCCCGCAUGCCAUUGAAGGCAUCCUCUGGCAGCCGCCGGACCGAUGGAUAAGUAACGCCCGGCUCACCCACUAUCAAGGACUGCUGUUAAACCCCCUCAGAAUAACUUUUCUGCCCCCAACAUCUUUAAAUCCUGCUUCACUGCUGCCAAAUCCAGACUUGGACACCCCGUUCCAUGAGUGCACUGAGAUACUGGCUCAGGUGCAUGGGGUGCGGGAGGACCUGCAAGAUCGUCCGCUCCCCGACGCAGAACUCAUCUGGUUCACUGAUGGCAGCAGCUUCGUCCACCAAGGCCAGCGGUAUGCAGGAGCGGCUGUAACGUCAGAGACUGAGGUAAUCUGGGCAGAACCCUUGCCUCCAGGGACAUCGGCCCAAAGAGCCGAACUGAUAGCACUCACCCAGGCCCUCACCUUAGGGGCAGAGAAAAAACUAACAGUAUACACGGACAGCUGCUAUGCUUUCGCCACCGCGUACAUACAUGGGGCCGAAAGAGAGAGAGAGGGGACUAUUAACAGCUGAAGGAAAAGAAAUAAAAAACAAACAAGAGAUCCUAGCUCUAUUAACUGCUUUGUGGAAACCAAAGAAAUUGGCUAUCGUACAUUGCCCAGGGCAUCAGAAACCGACCACUCCGAUUGCUCAAGGCAACUUUCUAGCAGACCAAACUGCAAAGAGUGUGGCAAAGGCUCCCAGUCAACUCCUUGCACUCCAGCUUCCUGAUCCGGGUCCCCGGGACCUGCCAUAUCUCCCUGAUUAUUCAGAACAAGAUCUCCAGUGGAUCGACAAACUUCCCCUAAAACAGAUCCAGAAUGGGUGGUGGACUGAUACUAAUGACCAAACCAUCCUGCCAGAAAAAUUAGGACAAGUGUUAGAACACAUCCACCGAACCACCCACCUGGGUGCCCGGCAGAUGAUAAACUUGAUCAGACGCUCCAAGCUCAAGAUUAGACAUAUAGCCGAGACGGCCAGCAGCAUCGUGACCAAUUGCAAAGUCUGCCAGCUGAAUAAUGCCUACCCUCAAUCACAGGCUACACAACAGGAACAAGGCUCAGGGGAACCAGGCCCGGUAUCUACCGGGAAGUAGAUUUUACUGAGAUAAAGCCAGGGAAAUAUGGGUAUGGGUACUUACUUGUUUUUGUAGAUACUUUUUCAGGAUGGACUGAAGCGUUCCCAACCAAGAGAGAAACUGCUCAGGUGGUAACAAAGAAAAUUUUAGAAGAAAUUCUCCCCAGGUAUGGAUUCCCCGUCCAGAUAGGGUCAGAUAAUGGACGGGCUUUCGUUGCCAAGGUAAGUCAGGACUUAGCUUCCAUUCUUAGGGCAGAUUGGAAAUUACAUUGUGCUUACAGGCCCCAAAGCUCAGGACAGGUAGAAAGAAUGAAUCGGACCUUAAAGGAGACCUUAACUAAAUUGACUAUGGAGACUGGCGCUAAUUGGGUAGUCCUUCUCCCCUACGCUCUGUUCCGGGCCCGUAACACCCCUUACAGACUAGGCCUUACCCCUUAUGAAAUCAUGUAUGGCAGACCUCCACCCCUGGUUCCCAGCCUGAAAGGUGAUCUGCUCAAAUCUGAAAUAGAAAAUGUCUCUGAACUCUUAUUCUCCCUACAAGCUUUACAGAAAAUUCAUCAGGAAAUCUGGCCCAAGCUGAAGGAACUAUAUGAGACCGGCCCCCCUCUGACACCCCAUCCAUACCAGCCAGGAGACUGGGUCCUGGUUAAGCGACACAGACAAGAGACCUUAGAACCCAGGUGGAAAGGACCACUCCAGGUACUCCUAACUACACCCACCACCCUAAAAGUGGAAGGCAUCGCGUCGUGGAUCCACCACACCCACGUCAAACCAGUGGACCCGACCUCAGAUCUUCUCGGACCGAUCACGGCAGCGACGGAGGCACCGACCACGUGGACUGUGGACAAAGCUAAGAAUAAUCCCCUAAAACUAACCCUGCGCCACAACCCCUGUAACCGUGUUUAGUUUACCUGCAUUUUUAUGCUUUGUACAUCUAACCUUACUCUGGGAGACUCCAUCAGGAAGAAUCUUGUGGGGAAAAGAAAGAGAUCAGCUUGUUACCGUGUUUAUAUAGAAGGAAGUAGACAUAAGAGACUCCAUUUAGUUCUGUAUUUGAGAUACUGUUAAUCUGUGACCCUACCC